CGGGAGGCGUGCCGGUCAUUAAUAUAUAUUGGACCCAGGCCCAUUUAUACAGUUUCAUUGUACAGCUUCUUCAUAUCAGUUCUUGAGUCUUCACUUGUAGCUCUACAGUUAUUUCUCGGCUUCUGCAUGCUCAACUUGAAAACUAUACAUCAUGUCGAAUCCAGAAGAACAAUCAGAAUCGCCAAUCCGAAUAUUCCAGUCCAUCGCCGGACAUAGCCCAACCUCCCCAACACUGACUCGAAAGCACACCAACGGCUCUAGAAUCCAUCGCACGCACACUGGGGGUUCUCGAAUACACAGAACGAGCACAAAUGUUUCCCACAAAGAGUCGAGGGAUCCAGAUCUCGAUAUAAAUCUUCCCUACAGAACUUUCAGUGAUGGCGUCAAUCUGGAAGAGUACACAUCGGAAAAGCCCGAAGGAGAGAUGGAAGGCCCGUUCGAGCCAGAUGGACAACACCGAUACAAGCUCGUCACAUUCGUUCCAAAUGAUCCUGGGAAUCCCAAAAAUUGGUCAAAACUAUACAAGUGGUACUGUACAAUGGUGGUUGCAGUAACCUGCUUCGUUGUGGCCUUUUGUUCGGCUGUUAUCACUGCUGGAACUGUCGGACCGGAGAAAGAGUUCCACGUUUCUGAAGAAAUUUCUCUCCUUCCUAUAACGGUCUUCGUUGUUGGAUUCGGGAUAGGUCCUAUGGCCUUCGCCCCUUUGUCAGAAAUCUUGGGCAGACGAAUCAUCUAUGGAACGACACUGUUGAUCGCCGUAAUCUUUAUUAUCCCUUGCGCCGUUGCCCAAAACAUACAGACCCUGGUAGUCUGCCGUUUCAUUGACGGGAUUGCUUUCUCGGCGCCUAUGACACUUGUCGGAGGUACUUUGGCAGAUCUUUGGAGGACAGAAGAACGUGGCGUUCCCAUGGCGGCCUUCUCAGCAGCACCUUUCAUUGGCCCAGCAGUCGGUCCUCUCAUCGGCGGGUUCCUCUUCGAUGCAGCAGGCUGGAGGUGGCUAUACUGGAUUCAAUUAAUUCUGGCCGCGGUGGUCUGGAUGCUAAUAACCUUCACUGUUCCCGAGACCUACGCACCUACGAUCCUUGCAGCUCGAGCGAACAAACUCCGUGCCUCAACCGGAGAAACCGACCACGUCACGGAACAAGACCUCGACCUUCGGCCAUUCAGCGAACGCCUCCGAAUCUUCCUAAUCAGACCUUUCCAGCUGCUUUUCGGAGAGCUGAUCGUUUUUUUGGUAUCGGUUUACAUGUCCGUUCUUUAUGGCCUAUUAUAUAUGUUUUUUGUGGCCUACCCAAUAGUCUACCAAGAAGGAAAAGGCUACACCCCUGGCAUCACCGGCCUAAUGUUCAUCCCCAUCGCUCUCGGGGUCCUCUGCUCAGCUGCAUGCGCCCCUCUAGUCAACAAGCACUACAUGAAACUCUCAAACAAGCACAACGGCUCUCCACCCGCAGAAGUCAGACUCAUCCCCAUGAUGGUCUCCUGCUGGUUCAUCCCCAUCGGCCUCUUCAUCUUCGCCUGGACCUCGUAUCCACACCUAAUAUGGGUAGGGCCCGCUAUCGGCGGCUUCCCGGUAGGAUUCGGAUUCAUCUUCCUCUACAACUCCGCGAACAACUAUCUAGUCGAUUCCUACCAGCACCAAGCUGCUUCCGCUCUCGCCGCCAAAACUUUUCUACGAUCAUUCUGGGGCGCUGCUGUCGUGCUUUUCACAGUGCAGAUGUAUCACAGACUGGGAUAUCAGUGGGCGAGUUCUUUGUUGGCAUUCAUUAGUCUCGCGUGCUGUGCGAUCCCGUAUGUGUUUUACUUUUAUGGGGCCAGGAUUAGGAGGAGGUCCCGCUUUGCGUACAGCGGGGAUGAUAAGGAGGAGAAGAUGGAGGCGGGUGGGGAGAGUAGCGGGGAGGCGAGUGAGGUGGAGUUAGAGAGGGCGAGGAGUUAUGUUAGUACUCCUUGAGGGGAUAUUCGUAAACGUCUUCGCUUCGACAUGGCGACGGAGCCACGCGCCUGUGACAGACGAGCCGCAGCGGUUUGCGCAGCGUGAUAGACUUGUUGGCCAUGGCGCCAUGACCGGCUGGUAUGGGAGUUUAGAAUUUGGGGUGGCAUGGAUUGGACUCUGGUUGGCGUAAGGGUGGGAGGUAGUUCACUUGGUGUUGCAUUUACAGGAGGUUUAGAUAUGUGGCGUAGACAUAAAGGUAGUAAUAAAUAAUGUCCUUCAUUC